GCUGCUAAGAAAAAAUAGAUGAAAUAGAUGAAUGGUACAGCCACCGCCGUACUUUUAAAAAUCUGAUAGCAUUUGUGCGUCAUGGGCGGCGCCGACAACGAGAACGCGGUGCUCAUCGCAAUCCUGGACGCCGAGGUCGUGGACGUACGCGUGACGACGUCCAAGGAUGGUAUUCCUCGCACGGAGUUUAAGCUGAUCAUUUGGACGGACCGACGCGGCCAGUUGUCGGUGUGGCACAAGUCGAAGACGUUCCUGAACCUGUCGACGACGCUCACGAUCCAGCAGCUGCAUCAAGGGCAGCCUCCGUUUGACUACCCGUCGUACGAAGCUCCGACGAUGGACCAGAUCAACGCGUUCCUGCGGCAAGCAAUGGCGUCGUCGCUCGAGUGGGGCAUUCGCGUCGACGCCGACACGGUCGUGUACAAGAUCAACAAGUCGACCACCUCCGACACAGGGUAUCACCGGUCGUCGUCGUCUGUAGUGAACCACGACUCGGGCGUGGUGUCGCACGAAGAGCCGUCAUCGUCGUCCGAGAUGUCGCUCCUCAAAGCAUCAAUCGUGGACUUCCGCAUCCAGACCGUGCACGCGGGCACCAACGACGAGCGCGAGUGCGUGCAAUACUGCGUCGUCAUCGAGACGUCCACGCACGGGUCCCUCCAAGUAUGGCGGCGGUACUCAACGUUCCGCGACUUGGCGAAUUCGCUCGAGUUGCACGAUGCGCUGCCGGCGUCGCCGCUGCAGCCGAACCAGCUCACGGGCGGGCAGAUCAGCCAGCGGGUGGCGCAACUCAACCAGUUCCUCGAGACAGCGACGACCGAGCCGAGCUUGGAGUGGGGCAUUCGCAUCGACAAGGACUCGUGCGUGUUCAAGCGCGCGACCAAGCCAGCGACCGACGAGUACCAGCACCUGAGCCACUUUCAACUGAUGCAAGCGGCGCCGGAAGACCACCAGGUGUCGCUCAUCACGGUGGCCGUCAAGGGGUACCGCCUCAGCGGGAAGAAUGCGCAAGGCCAAUGCUCCAUCAAGUACAACGCGCAGCUCGAGUGCCUCUCCAACAUGCACGGCCUGUGCACGUACUCAAUCUGGCGGCGCUACGGCACCUUCCAUGAGCUGGAAAAAUCGCUACAAUUGGCCGGCAGUCCGCGACUCAGUGACCCUGGCGAGCCCGUGCACCACGACAAGUCGCUGAUCGACCAGAGAAUACGCAAACUCAAUCGAUUUCUCGACUUCAUUUCCCACACAGACGACCUAGAGUGGGGCAUCCGGGUGGACGCCGAGACCAUCGUGUACAAGCGCCGCGUCGUGUAGUGUCCGUCCAUCCGUGCUAUAUAUCAUCAUACUCGUUGGCUUGCAACUUGGUCACGUCUCUCUAUAUCUCGCUCAAUAUCAAUGUAUUCUACUACUAGAC